ACUUUACGCCGUCCAUCUCAACGUUCUACAAAAUGACCACAACCGCACGGCUCUUCAGUUUGCUUCCGCCGCCUACUCAACUCUCUGUCCACACUCAAACCAGACGGCGGCCGGCGGCUCAUCGUCGAUUUCUCCGGCUAUUGCCUUCGACGGCACUGUUGAGACCGAUUCCCCUACCUCUAUAUCGCCGUUCACUCUCACUCUUCACUGCAGUGAUUAGCAUUUUCGCACUUCGAAUUUUACUUGCCUACUGAAGUUUCAAGCUCCAUGGAGCUCAGGAGGCCCGGAUUCGAGCAAUGCUGUUCGGUAUUUCUUCUUCUGGUUUCAGGUUUGUUGCUGCCUGUAAUGGUGAGUUCAAUUGGAGUGAACUACGGUCAGAUAGCGAACAAUCUUCCCGCUCCGGAGAAUGUAAUCUCGCUGGUUAAAUCGAUUGGGGCUACGAAGGUGAAGCUGUACGAUGCGAGUCCCAAGGUCCUUCGCGCAUUUGCUAAUACAAGCGUGGAGUUCAUAGUCGGACUUGGAAACGAGUACUUGGCCAAAAUGAAGAAUCCAGCGUGCGCUCAAGAGUGGGUGAAGAAUAAUGUUCAGGAUUACUUGCCUGGAACUAGAAUCACUUCCAUUUUCGUCGGCAAUGAGGUGUUAACCUUCAAUGAUACUUCUCUCAGUGCCAAUCUACUACCGGCGAUGCAGAGCGUGCACACGGCGCUCGUAAAUCUAGGGCUGGAUAAGCAGGUGGCGGUGACGACGGCACAUUCUCUGGCAAUACUUGAAACCUCUUAUCCGCCUUCCGCCGGAGUCUUCCGAAGAGAUUUAGUUGAUUGUUUGACCCCAAUUUUGGACUUCCAUGUCAAGAUCGGCUCGCCUUUCUUGAUUAAUGCCUAUCCUUACUUUGCAUACAAGGCGAAUCCGAAGCAGGUCUCACUUGACUUCGUCCUCUUCCAACCGAACCAAGGGGUUUUAGAUCCCGGCACGAAUCUUCACUACGACAACAUGCUGUUCGCACAGAUCGACGCGGUGUACUCUGCGCUCGCCGCAGUUGGUUACAAGAAACUUCCCGUUCACAUCUCGGAGACUGGAUGGCCGUCGAAGGGAGACGAAGACGAGGCUGGUGCGACUCCGGACAAUGCGAAGAAAUACAAUGGUAACCUUCUCAAGUUCAUCUGCCAGAAGAAGGGAACGCCAUUGAGGCCGAGCUCGGACCUCAACAUUUAUGUGUUUGCUUUGUUUAACGAGAAUAUGAAGCCCGGACCGACUUCGGAGAGGAAUUACGGUCUCUUUAAACCUGAUGGUACGCCGGUGUAUCAGCUAGGGUUUACCAUAAACGACGCCGUCGGAAACGGGACCCAUGGCACUUCCGGCACGCAACCUUCGCCGCCGGGAUCUCCCACUACCUCCACUGGUUAUUUGUCCAUUUCCUCCGCCACGGAGAGAAGCCAUUGGCUUGGAUUCUUCUCAGCGUGCAUGUUUCUUAUGCUGUUCAAGUUGCUACUUUGAAUUUAGGAGAUUAUUUUGUUUUCCAGUGUAUGUUUCCGAAAGAUGCUUUGGAUUUAUUUCAUUUAUCAGAAUCAGCCGUUAAAAGCAAAUUGGGAGAUGAUGCUAAAGAGAAUAAGAGGCAGCGUCGGAUUUGGGAAAAGGGAAAUAUCAGUGUCUUAUUAAUUAAUAAUUUUUAUGUGAAUUGGGUUCGUUGAUGGACAUAAAAUCUGGUGGAUGGAUGAUCCAAACUUGUUCUUUUGUAAUGUUAUUUAGUAUGAAAUUUUAUUAGUUUGCCUUUUCAUGUAAUUCUCUCCUCUAUUCUCCACGUUUGAUUCUAACUGGACUUCUUGAAAUAUUUAGAGAUUUUUGGACU